UCGAAAUUCGACACCUGCUGCUUCAACUGGAAGCUGUUCGCUCGCAAGUUUCCGCACCCCCUACUGCUCUCUCCCGCCUAUUUUAGAUAUCUGGGUCUAAUGGUAAAUUUCAUCGCAGAGCUUUCAACGCUGAGGAGAACGAAAAGGCCAGCAUCCCUCGAGUUUCUCGGUGCCUCCUCAGACGACUCCAAGGAUAUUACUGUUCAACGGGCCUCCUUGGCCACGGCCGUCGACGAUGAGCCCAAUAAGCGAUACUUGACUCUUCUGCCGUCGGAGCAAAAUCCCACGGAUAUCAACGGAUACCAGGUCCCGCUGUCCUGUGGUCCACCUGAAACUCGCAUGGUUGUGGCGAGGAAUCUUCAGCGUCCGAAGUCUGUUCCUUCAUUGGACGUUCUCUCGACGAAGAAUUACCACCCCAUCGCCCAAUACCAGACACCGAACUCUGUCCACAACCACACAUAUCAGAAAUUCCGCCCGCCGCCGCAUUACGCUCAUCCAAAUGUCUACAUUCCCACUGCGUCGUGGUGUUAGCGGGUGAGAAUGCUGAGAAGAGAGCGGAUACGCCGCACCCGAUGUUGGGAUCUCUCGCCAAAAACUCGAGCGCUGGGGGCGCAUAUUCUCAAUGUAAACAAUGAGGAACAAUCAAAAGGAAGUCAGUCAUGUUAGUCAUUCGCGAGCCACCGUUGCCGGACGUCAACCGCCAUGCGUCGUGGUCCACCGUUCGAAAAGCACCCGGAUCCGAGAGGAAAGGGACACGACUCAU